UUGUGAACCUGCACCACUUCACUCUCUGUGUGACUUCACCUCACAUCCUCCUCCUCCUCCUCCUCUGGGCCGAUGUUCUGUGUCAAAGCUCCGGUCCUCCUGUCGCGGACCCCCGGGGCGGACACCCCCGGCAGGUGGCUGCUCUCCAGCCGGAUCCGCCUCCGCCGCUCCAGCGCCCAGCGGACGGAGCAGCGGCGGGACGAGGCGAGCAGCUCCACCUCCACCUCCAGCAGCUCCAGGACCAGGGCCGCUAAUGGGAUCUCCGUAGACUUCGACCUGACCCGGGAGGCUUAUAAGAGCAAAGACUCAUUAGAGCUGCUCAGAAGUUUGGUGGUGUUCAAGCUCUGCUCCUAUGACAUCCUGGUUGAUAAGAACACUGAGAUAAUGGACCUGGGUAAGAAGAUUCUGGGCCAGAGAGCCUUCAACCAGUUCAUGAAGAUGACGUUUUACGGCCAGUUUGUGGCCGGCGAGGACCACAGGUCGAUCAGGCCUCUGAUCCAGAAGAACCAGGCCUUCGGCGUCGGCUCUGUCCUGGACUACAGCGUCGAGGAGGACAUCAGCCAGGAGGAGGCGGACUCAUGUGAAUCCGCUGCAGAGAAAGAGAGCAUAGGCGAGCACCACGGAGAGGAAAAACAGAAAGAGCACCAGCAGUUGGAGGAGCGGCGUCGCGGGGGAGUGACGGCAGCCGGCACACAUUCCGACAGCUCUGAGGCCAAAUGUGACCGGCAUAUGGAAACCUUCAUCAAAUGCAUCAAAGCAUCUGGUGGGAAUUCGAUGGACGGCUUUUCUGCCAUCAAAAUGACUGCUCUGGGACGACCUCAGUUUCUGCUCCAACUCUCAGAGGUCCUGGUGAAAUGGCAGCGGUUCUUUAGCUUCCUGGCGUCGCAGCAGGGGAAAGAUGGCGUGGACGCUUUAAAUCAAAGGCUGGAGCUCAACCAACUUCAGGAAUCUUUGACCAAACUAGGUGCAAAAGGUGAUUUCUGUGGCUGGUUUACUGACGGGAAAGAAGAAACCUCAGGAACCAUUGACGUGCUGGACUGGAACAGCCUAAUAGAUGACAGGACAAAGACAUCGGACCUGCUAGUUGUCCCGAAUGUUCAGCGAGGAGAGCUGGAGCCCCUGCUGGAGAAGUUCACCACAGAGGAGGAGGCGCAAAUGAAGAGGAUGCUGCAGCGUAUGGACAUUUUAGCAGAGCACGCCCUGGAGAAUGGCGUCCGCCUGAUGGUGGACGCAGAGCAAACGUAUCUCCAGCCAGCCAUCAGCAGAGUGACAUUAGAGAUGCAGAGGAUCUACAACAGAGACAAGCCUGUCAUCUUCAACACGUACCAGUGCUACCUGAAGGAGGCCUAUGACAACGUGAGCAUGGACGUGGAACUGUCACGACGUGAGGGCUGGCAUUUUGCUGCCAAGCUUGUGCGAGGGGCCUACAUGUACCAGGAGCGAGAGAGGGCCGAGGAGUUUGGCUACGAGGACCCCAUCCACCCUGACUAUGAGUCCACCAAUAUAACGUACCACAGGUGUCUGGAUUAUGUGCUGGACGAGAUUGCAAUCAACCGCAAUGCCAACGUAAUGGUCGCUUCCCAUAAUGAAGACACAGUGAAACACACCAUUCACAGAAUGAACGAGCUGGGUCUCGUCCCCACGGAGAACAAGGUGUACUUCGGGCAGCUCCUGGGAAUGUGUGACCAGAUCAGCUUCCCAUUGGGCCAGGCAGGCUUCCCCGUCUAUAAGUACGUCCCCUAUGGCCCGGUGAGUGAGGUGAUGCCCUACCUGUCUCGGAGAGCCCAGGAGAACAGAGGCUUCAUGAAGGGCGUCCAGAAGGAGAGGGGGCUGCUGUGGAAGGAGCUGAAGCGCAGACUUUCCUCUGGGGAGCUUCUCUACAGACCGACGUACUGAAAAACGCAGGAGAAGAGACAGAGAGGAGAGAGAGUGCUAACGUGUUGGAUUUUUCCUCUUCUCUGGUUGACAGCUGCUGCUGUGGCUGUCGGUUCUGUCUCUCCCUCGCUGCAGCUCUCCCCGGACAUGUAGCUCCCGUUCAAACCAAAUUCUGGAGUUUCCUCGUUGAUGGACUGUUUCUGCACGUCACUCCCUUUUUCUCUCACCCCCCCCAACCCCCUGUCUUUUCCUCGCUGAUGUUGCCCACCUUCACCCCUUGCUCCCUACUUAUAUGUACUGUCCAUGUUCCCUUUACUAUCUGCCUCUGCGUCCACAAGCAUUCCUCACCUCCCUUUGUCUAAAGAGCUGUGGUCUCCAUCAAGCUCCUUCUUUACGGCUCCAAAAGGACUCUCUAAAAUGUCAACAGGACCCUUUUUAUCACCCUAUUUAUCUUGGAGUGGGACAACAAUAAUAAGAAUAACGGGCUUGAUUUAAAUGGCAGUAAAGGAAACAUCAAUAUCCCCACUCCUAUAUUAUGUUUUUUUUCUUUCUCCACUCGUGGACAGCCACACUACUCUGAAGAGGUUCCUCUGUGUUGUGUGCGUCUGAUUUUGUAUUGCCGGUUUGAAAAUGAUGCCUCUCUACGAAUCAAUGAGAAAGUGUAAAUGCCUCCUCGCAGCACAUCCCUCUUCUUCUUCUUCUUCUUCUUCUUCUGAGAGUGCCAUGCUGUUGUUAUUGUGUUUGCUGGAGGAAGCUAUAUUCUCGGCCACUGAGGUGUUGCGAGGGAACACGCCGUGCCGAGCAUUCAGCGAGUGAAGCUCCCCUUUUUAAUACAGAUGCCUGCGAGUCUGGCAGGUUGUUUUAUUUUUAAUGACAUGGAUAAUAUGCAAAGGUGGGGGGGUAAUAAGUCAGGGGGCUGCCUUAUUGCAUUUUGAUGUAUGAGCACUGUGCAAGUUUUAUCUUUUAUAAUGUAAAUAUGUUUAAAGCAGGCGAUUCUAUUUGUUGGUUUUGCAUGUCUCACUUUAUGGACCUGUGAAAUUGCUCAUAAAUAAAAGAAAAAGAAGGACCGGA